AUGCCAACAAAUGAUGUAAAGCUUCUUGGUGCUCCUGCAAGCCAAUACGUGAACCGGGUUCAGUUUGCCCUCAAUCUAAAAUCGAUAGACUAUGAAUUCAUCCCACAGAAUAUGAGAGAAAAAAGUGAGCUCCUUCUUAAAUCUAAUCCUGUUCACAAGAACAUCCCAGUACUCCUCCAUGGUGAUAAGCCCAUAUGUGACUCACUGGUGAUUGUGCAGUACAUUGAUGAGUUCUGGUUUGAUGGUCCCUCUAUCCUUCCUUCUGAUCCCUACGACCGUGCCAUAGCCCGCUUUUGGGCAGCUUACAUUGAUGACAAGUGGAUUCCAUUUUUCAAGGAGCUUACAACUGCAAAAGACGAGGAGUCAAAAACAGCAUUGGUGGAGAAAAUAUUUGAAGGUCUAAAACUCUUUGAGGAUGUAUUCGUGAAGGCCAGCAAAGGGAAGUGCUUCUUUGGUGGAGAAACAAUAGGUUUUCUUGAUAUCGUUCUGGGCUGCUACUUGGGCUGGCUAAAGGCUUGGGGAAUUCAGUUAGAUGUGAAUUUUCUUGAUGAAUCCAAGACACCUGCUCUAGUGGGAUGGGCUGAAAGGUUUUCCUCGGACAAAGCUAUUCACGGUAUUAUACCAGAGACUGAGGAACUUUUUAGAAUUCUUCAAAUCAUCCUAGCUAGGGCAGCAGAUGCUGCUUCAAAGUGA